UCAUGAAAAUUCUGAAUGUCAUUUUUCAUAUUUUGAUUUUAUUAUUUCCCAAUUAAAUCUACGAUUUACGUGAUCUAUGAAUAUACGAAAUGUCUUAUCCUGUUAAAGUGCACAUUUAUGACCUUUCUAAAGGUCUUGCGAAGUCAAUGUCAAUGAGAAUUUUGGGUAAACAAUUGGAAGGUAUAUGGCACACUGGAAUCCUAGUUUAUGAUGAAGAAUACUACUUUGGAGGUGGGGGAAUUGAAAGCUGCCCUCCAUGUGGCACUAUUCUCGGAGAACCAGAUGAAGCAGUAGAUCUUGGGGAUACACAAGUACCACAAGAACUAUUUUGGGAAUACCUGACAGCUUUGUCUUCAGAAAGAUUUAGGCCAGAGACUUACAAUCUUUUCGACCACAACUGUAACAAUUUUAGUUCUGAAAUAGCCAUGUUUUUAACUGGACAAGAUAUACCUGCAAAGAUUCUUGAUUUACCAAAGGAAGUUGGAGAUACGCCCCUUGGUGGGCUCGUGAGAAGUCUCAUGGAGUCGAUGGGUCCUAAAGGCGGCAAUACUGUCUUCCAACUUCCACAUACUCGAGGUGCUACCAAUGUGUCAGCUGCAAAUGAAAGGCCAAAUGAGGCCACAAACAAUGCUGCUCAAUAUUCUAUCAGUGAGAAGGCUGAAGUCGGCAAAGGGGGAACAAACUUCAUUAUCUACCCCAUAUCCCCAACCAGUGAUGUCUACAAGGAGUUCAGAGAAAACCUAGCAUCAGUUGCUACCCCAAGAGAUUUAGAAACCUUGGAUGAAUUUGACGAAUAUCUGUCAAAAGAUCCUAAAGAUCUCAAGUGGUCAGUGGGCCUGGAACACAUCAGGGUAUUAGGUCACUAUCUGUCGACAUGCUCCUCAAAAUUGUUGACGGGAUGCCUCUCUUGCCUGAUUGGAAUGCUACGAUAUGGCUGCCAGAGGAGUGACGUGCAGCAUAUACUCACCCGAGACCCAGACCACAACAUCAUGAAAACCUUCCUUCUCCUCUCCUACUUUCAACCCUCCGUUCAAGUUGAAGUAGGAAAAUUGCUUGCUGACUGCUGUGCCAACAAGAUUUGCUGUGACUGGUUGCUAAGAAACACUGCAUGGCCUAUUCCACCAAAGCAGACAUGUAACUGUGAUGUGACAACAUCCUCGUACAAUGAACUAUUGAAAAAUGGGACAACACGGUCUACUGGUGGUGCUGUUAUCAACAAUCUAUCUCUUCAAGAGCUUCCAGAGAAUUUCUGCAUCACACUUGCCCAAGAUGUGAUCUUAAUGUUGAGCCAAGAAUUGGAUGAUGAUAUCGCCACCAAAUGCCUUGAAGCAUUGGAUAGACUCCUCCCAAAAGUGAAAAAGGAAUUGUUAAUCAGAAUCGACAUAAGGAAACUGGAAGCGAAUGUUGAGAAAUUUGCCAAGAGGAAUGGUGAACUUAGUGCCCUCUGCCAAGAUGUAGAACGAAAACUUAACUUAAAGAGUUGAGACAGAUUAUCCUCCUUUUUAUCGAUUAGACCAUUGUAGAAUUACUACAAUUAGGCAAUUUUGAUAUGUAUCUUAUUGGUCUCUCAACAGUUACUUUGUUCAACUACAAAGUGGUUCGGCCCUAAUAUUGGUAAUUAGGUCCAAGGGACCACAGUGUUACUUUUAAGCCAACUGAUGGCUGAAAGUGUCAUUUGUUUAAUGCACAUCAAGUAGACCCUCUAUUAAAGCACCCUUGGGACUGAAAUGUGCUGUCCUUUCCUGUACCGAGGUUGUGCUGUAGUUCAGGCAACACCUGUUUGGACACUUUUCAGACAUACCAUCUACUUAUGUCAAUAUAUGUUCUUUUUGAGAGGGAAAUUUUAAUGUAAUCAGUAUUUCUGCAUACGUGUGUUUAUGCAAAGUUUUUCUGUGCUACAGCAUUGCUCAGUAUUGUGAAAUGAAAAGUGCUACAGGUAUUAAAAUCAAAUGUGAUCAAUCAGUGAUUUAGAGAGGAUAAACCCAAAAUCCUCUGUCAUCUAUCAUCUAGCAAUAAGCUGUUUGAAUUUCCUUUUCAUGUCGGUUCCAUACUUACUUUGGACGUUUCCUGUAUAGAUGGUACUAUCUGUUAGGCCAUCAUAUUGUAAGCCCUGAUUUUGGGAUUGCCUGCAGGUGGCAUGCACUGCAUGAAUUUUACAAGUAGCUGUCCUUUGAAAUGUGCAUGGCCUCUGUGUGACAAGUAAAAUACAUGUAGAUGCCUUGCAACAAUGAAUGCAGUCUACAGUACCCAAUUCCAACCCAGGUUAUAACAUACUUUGGAAUUUUUCUCGGACUGAGUUCUGUCCUUAGUAGCAGUUUCUCUCACCGUCACUAGAUGGCAGUAAUUGUCUGUAAAUUUUGAUUAUCUCUAAUUGUAUAUAUCUGGGUCUAACUUAUUUCUUGAUUAUAAUUGUAUUGUCAAUUGUUUCAUAUUUUUUGUAAUUUCUAUUUAUAGUUGGUAAUGAUUGUAAGUUGUUAUAAGAAGUCUCCUACUAAAUCUGGUCUACACUUUUUAGACCAAGAGUUCCCCCCAAAAAACUUGUCUGCUUGGAAAACGUGUUAUAUUGAAUGGUGUUCAGAGUCACGUCUUGAAGUGAAUCAGGGUCCUGCUUGUGCACACCAUCAGAUAUUGCAUUUGUAAGUUACCUUGCAUAAUAUAGUCCAUUUGUAGAAUAAAUCGUCUUGUUAUGUCAUGAAUGUUGAUCUCUGUCUUGUAUAAACUCAGUGUGAAGAAAGGUAACCGUUUUACCUAAAAUGUGUUUAUCAUGAAAUUUACGUUAAAAGUGCAAUGGUACUCAUUUUUCUACGAAGUUAUGUGAUUAUAUUAUAAUAGUUCAGGUGUAACAUCGACUAGAUUUUGGAAAUAUCAAAAAUACAUUUAGAUAUUCAAUAUUCACCAUGCUAUUCAUAACACACAUGUUGAUAAACCACGUAUUUGAUUGCCGGUAUUCAACCUCUUCG